AUGUUAAACAGACAUCACAAAUUCUUUUUGAUUGCUCUCAUGGAACCAUUUCAACAUAUCAGGACAAUAAACCAUUAUAGGAGGAGGUUGGGCAUGUGCUUAGCUAAUGCCAACUGUAAUGGUAAAAUCUGGUACUUUGUGGCUGAUAAUAUAGAUGUAGAAGUUCUGAUGGAUUCCCCUCAGCAGAUUACUUUGAAGCUGUUUUUACAAGAUUUGAAUCAGCAGCUUAUUACUACUUUAGUAUAUGCUAAAUGUAGUGCUUCUGAAAGGCUAGAGUUGUGGGAGGAUAUCUAUCAUCUUUCCAAUACUUUAUGUUGUUCCUGGUUAAUAGGAGGAAACUUCAAUGUGGUUCUGAAUGAUGAAGAAAAGAUAGGGGGUAAUCCUAUUCAACCUCAGGAUAUAGAAGACUUUGCUUUUUGCAUAAACUCCUGUGAUCUUGAAGAGGUAAACUUUAAGGGAAGUCCCUUCACUUGGUGGAAUGGAAGAGCAGAUGAAGCAUGUAUUUUUGAGAGAUUGGAUAGGAUGUUGGUGAAUUCACUGCUUCUGGACAACUUUGGAAAUAUUGAAGUGGAACAUCUUGCAAGAAUUGGAUCAGAUCAUGCUCCACUUCUGUUCAGGCUAAAUUGGUCCACUUGGGAGCAUGAGGAUCCUUUCAUAAACUUCAAAAGCAAGAUGAAAAAGUUGAAAGGAGUGUUAUCCAAAUGGAGCAGGGAAGUGCUUGGUGAUAUAUUCAAGCAGCUGAUCAUAAGGGAGGAAAUAGUGAGAUUAAAGGAAGAGUUGUUUGAAGAAAAUCCAAGCCAAGUAAAUAGAAUGGUUUUGCAGAAAGCUCAGGCUGAGACUAAAAGAUAUUUGCAUUAUGAAGAAGAGUACUGGAGACAAAAAUCAGGCCUGGAUUGGUUUGUAGAUGGAGACAAAAAUACUAGAUUUUUCCAUAAUCUAGUAAAGGGAAGAAGGAAGAAACUGCAGAUUAAAAGAAUUCAAAAUUCAGAUAGUUCAUGGAUUGAGGAUGAUGACCAAAUGUCAGAUGAGGCUGUGCACUUUUAUUCUCAACAAUUUUCACAAGAAGAGUUAAUUGGAGAUGAAAAUUUGUUGUCACACAUUCCUGUUUUGAUUGAUCAAAAUAGAAAUGAUCUACUGUGUCAAAUGCCUAGUGUUGAUGAAGUCAAAAAAUUUGUUUUCAAUCUUAGUGGAUCAAGUGCUAGUGGACCUGAUGGUUUUCCUGGAAUUUUCUAUCAGACAUGUUCAAAGUUACUCAAACUUAAGGCCUAUAAGUUUAAGUAA